GGAAGGAAAGAAGACCAUGGGGCGAUUCAUCUUCGUGAGCUUCGGCUUGCUGGUCGUGUUCCUCUCCUUGAGUGGAACUGGAGCUGACUUGGAAUGUCCCUCUAAUUGGUCUGCGAAUGAUAAGCAUUGCUACAGGGUCUUCAAUCAACGGAAAAACUGGGAAGAUGCAGAGAGUUACUGCGGGCGAAAGGCGGAAGGCGGCCAUCUGGCCUCCAUCCAGAGCUGGCAAGAGGAGGUUUACGUGGCCAAAUUGGCUCGCUCCCUUAUCCGGCCCCUCUUUCUCCGCAUCUUUGGUGUCUGGAUCGGACUGAGUGAUACAGAGAAGGAGGAAAGCCUGGAGUUGCCUCUGAGCAGACUUGCUACCUGUGGAGGCCGAGGGACAG